AUGAACAAUUCUUUCUUUCUUUCUUUCUUUCUUUUCUUUCUUUCUUUCUUUUCUUUCUUUCUUUCUUUCUUUCUUUCUUUCUUUCUUUCUUUCUCGCUGUGCCUUUUUUCUAUCUCUCUUUAUCGCUUUCCCUCUUCUUUCAUUAUUUGCCUUUCUUUCAUUCUUUCUUUCUUUCUUUCUUUCUUUCUUUCUCGAUUUCCUUCUUUCUUUUUUCUUUCUUUCUCAAUUUUCUUCUUUCUUCUUUCUUUCUCACUUUGCCUUUUCUUUCUUUGCCUUUCUUUCUUAUAUUCUUUCUUUCUUUUUUCUUUGUAUCUUUCUUUCUUUCUUUCUUUAUUCUCGAUUUCCUUCUUUCGUUCUUUCUCACUUUGCGUUUUCUUUCUCUGCCUUUCUUUCCUAUAUUGUUUCCUAUAUUCUUCCUUCAUUUCUUUCUUUCUUUCUUUCUUUCUUUCUUUCUUCUCGAUUUCCUUCUUUCUUUCUUCUUUCUUUCUUUCUUUCUUUCUUUCUCGAUUUCCUUCCUUCUUUCUUUCUUUCUUUCUUUCUCACUUUUCCUUUUCUUUCUAUGCCUUUCUUUCCUAUAUUGUUUCCUAUAUUCUUUCUUUCUUUCUUUCUUUAUUCUCGAUUUACUUCUUUCUUUCUUCUUUCUUUCUUUCUUUUUUUUUGUCACAUGCCUUUUCGUUCUAUGCCUUUCUUUCCUAUAUUGUGUCCUAUAUUCUUCCUCUCUUUCUUUCUACUUUCUUUCUCGAUUUCCUUCCUUCCUUCUUUCUUUCUUUCUUUCUCGAUUUCCUUCUUUCUUUCUUCUUUCUUUCUCACUUUGCCUUUUCUUUCUUUGCUUUUCUUUCUUAUAUUCUUUCUUUUUUUUCUUUUUCUUUCUUUUCUUUCUUUCUUUCUUUCUUUCUUUCUUUAUUCUCGAUUUCCUUCUUUCUUUCUUUCUUCCUUUCUUUCUCAUUUUGUGUUUUCUUUCUAUGCCUUUCUUUCCUAUAUUGUUUCCUAUAUACUUCCGUUUUUUCUUUCUUUCUUUCUUUAUUCUCGAUUUCCUUCUUUCUUUCUUCUUUCUUUCUUUCUUUCUCGAUUUCCUUCUUUCUUUUUUCUUUCUUUCUCACUUUGCCUUUUCUUUCUAUGCCUUUCUUUCCUAUAUUGUUUCCAAUAUUCUUCCUUACUUCCUUCCUUUCUUUAUUUCUUUAUUCUCGAUUCCCUUCUUUCUUUCUUCUUUCUUUCUUUCUUUCUUUCUCGAUUUCCUUCUUUCUUUCUUUCUUUCUUUCUUUCUUUCUUUCUUUCUCACUUUGCCAUUUCUUUCUAUGCCUUUCUUUCCUAUAUUGUUUCCUAUAUUCUUCCUUUCUUCCUUUCUUUCUUUCUUUAUUCUCGAUUUCCUUCUUUCUUUCAUUCUUUCAUUCUUUCUUUCACUCUCACUUUGCCUUUCCUAUAUUGUUUCCUAUAUUCUUCCGUUCUUGCUUUCUUUAUUCUCGAUUUCCUCCUUUCUUUCUUCUUUCUUUCUUUCUUUCUUUCUCGAUUUUCUUCUUUCUUUCUCACUUUGCCUUUUCUUUCUAUGCCUUUCUUUCCUAUAUUGUUUCCUAUAUUCUUUCUUUCUUUAUUUCUUUCUUUAUUCUCGAUUUCUCCCUUUCUUUCUUCUUUCUUUCUCACUUUGCCUUUUCUUUCUUUGCCUUUCUUAUAUUCUUUCUUUCUUUUUCUUUUUCUUUUUCUUUCUUUCCUUCCUUCUUUAUUCUCGAUUUCCUUCUUUAUUUCUUUCUUUCUCACUUUGCCUUUUCUUUCUAUGCCUUUCUUUCCUAUAUUGUUUCCUAUAUUCUUCCUUUCUUUCUUUCUUUCUUUCUUUAUUCACGAUUUCCUUCUUUCUUCCUUUCUUUCUCGAUUUCUUUCUUUCUUUCUUUCUUUCUCACUUUGCCUUUUCUUUCUAUGCCUUUCUUUCCUAUAUUGUUUCCUAUAUUCUUCAUUUUUUCCUUUCUUUCUUUAUUCCCGAUUUUCUUCUUUCUUUCUCGAUUUCCUUCUUUCUUUCUUUCAUUCUUUCUUUCUCUCUCACUUUCCCUUUUCUUUCUUUCCUAUAUUGUUUCCUAUAUUCUUCCGUUCUUUCUUUCUUUAUUCUCGAUUUCCUUCUUUCUUUCUUCUUUCUUUCUUUCUUUCUCGAUUUUCUUCUUUCUUUCUCACUUUGCCUUUUCCUUCUAUGCCUUUCUUUCCUAUAUUGUUUCUUAUAUUCUUUCUUUCUUUUUUCUUUUUCUUUCUUUCCUUCUUUCUUUAUUCUCGAUUUCCUUCUUUCUUUCUUUCUUUCUUUCUUUCUCACUUUGCCAUUUCUUUCUAUGCCUUUCUUUCCUAUAUUGUUUCCUAUAUUCUUCCUUUCUUCCUUUCUUUCUUUCUUUAUUCUCGAUUUCCUUCUUUCUUUCAUUCUUUCUCGAUUUCUUUUUCUUUCUUUCUUUCUUUCUUUCUUUCUUUCUUUCUUUCUCACUUUGCCUUUUCUUUCUAUGCCUUUCUUUCCUAUAUUGUUUUCAUAUAUUCUUCCUUUUUUCCUUUCUUUCUUUCUUUCUUUAUUCUCGAUUUCCUUCUUUCGUUCUUUCUCGAUUUCCUCCUUUCUUUCUUUCUUUCUUUCUCACUUUGCCUUUUCUUUCUAUGCCUUUCUUUCCUAUAUUGUUUCCUAUAUUCUUUCUUUCUUUCUUUAUUCUCGAUUUCCUCCUUUCUUUCUUUGCCUUUCUUUUUUAUAUUCUUUCUUUCUUUUUUCUUUUUCUUUCUUUCCUUCUUUCUUUAUUCUUGAUUUCCUUCCUUCCUUCUUUCUUUCUUUCUUUCUUUCUCACUUUGCCUUUUCUUUCUAUGCCUUUCUUUCCUAUAUUGUUUCCUAUAUUCCUCCUUUCUUUCUUUCUUUCUUUCUUUCUUUAUUCUCGAUUUCCUUCUUUCUUCUUUCUUUCUUUCUUUUUCGAUUUCCUUCUUUCUUUCUUUCUUUCUUUCUUUCUCGAUUUCCUUCUUUUUUCUUUCUUUCUUUCUUUCUUUCUCGAUUUCCUUCUUUCUUUCUUUCUUUCUCACUUUGCCUUUUCUUUCUAUGCCUUUCUUUCCUAUAAUCUUUCUUUCUUUCUUUCUCGAUUUCCUUCUUUCUUUCUUUCUUUCUUUCUUUCUUCUUUCUUUCUUUCUUUUUCGAUUUCCUUCUUUCUUUCUUUCUCGAUUUCCUUCUUUUUUCUUUCUUUCUUUCUUCCUCGAUUUCGUUCUUUCUUUCUUUCUUUCUCACUUUGCCUUUUCUUUCUAUGCCUUUCUUUCCUAUAA